AUGUGCGGCACGGUGGGUGCCGGCAAGACGACCUACGCCACCAAGCUCAAGCGCUUUGUCGAGGAGGAAAAGAGCGGGCGGUGCCUGGUGCGGGUCAAGGCCGACAUCGAGAGCUGGCUGGCGCAGGGCCAGCGCCAAGACCCCGGCCAGCUCCACGUCCUCGUGGUGGACUCGUGCGGCGAGAAGCGCCACCAGGACGUGUUUGGCGUCAACGUGUCGCAGUGGACCCAGGUGCGUGUAUUCCCCAACUGGAACUGCGGCCUGGAACACAAGGAGCGCCUGGAGGGCUACCUCGCCUGGUCGCUGCGCAACGUGCUCCAGCGCGCCAAGUGCAGCCCCGGCUGCGGCUACUGGCUCAACCCGCGUGAUGGCCUCGACGGCCUCGGCCUGUGCGUCAAGGUCCACCGCGCCAAGGCCCGCGCCCACUUUGGCAAUAAAAAGUGCCCCGACCUCUUUGCCGGCGGCGGCGGCCCGCUCCCGGCAACCAUCGAAGGCGCCAUCGCGCUACUCCAGCCCGCGGCCGACUCUUACGCCGCCACGCUGGAGAAGGAGGACGAGCCAGACUUUGGCCAGCUCUUUGUCGAGUAG